UUCGUCUCCGGAGAUAGGCAGUCUGAUAACAGCUCAAAAGCAGAAGACACUCCUUGAAUGUGCAGAUUAGCGCUGUUUCUCAGACAUUGAGUAGAAGAAGAGCUUUUAAAAUGGCAUCACGCUCUGGUGUGAUGGUCAUUGCUGCAUGCCUACUGGCUAUAUUGGUAUUUGUGAACGCCUCGCCAAGACCAGAAAUAUCACGCGAUUGUGUCGUGAAUAUGCUCACCAAUGCCGGAAUCGCAAGGAAAACAGCUCACAAGUACUCUAAAUACUUAGCUCUGGUGGAUGCCAGGGCAGAAGACUUGGGAAUGGCCUCACGCGAAACACUGACCGAUAUAGGAAUCACCGACAACUCGGAUCAGAUCAAGAUUGUCGGGUGUUACUCUCAGUUUGUCGGAGAGUCAAGUCGACCUGCGAGUUGUCAAUAUUAUGCGCCCUGUGACGAGAACUCCACCUGCGCUCUGCUCUCUCAGACAUUAAGGCCGCGCUUCGCGUGCAGGCAGAAGGAUGCAUGCGAUGAAGAGUCUUGUCUUAAUGGCGGUUUCUGCAAGAGCAACGGUGCGAAUUUCACCUGCGAUUGUACCAUUGGUUACGGAGGCCGUCGCUGUGAGGAGAAGUGGUUGACCAUGGAACGCAGUGAUGCGCAGUUCGCCAACAUGACCAAGUCAGUUCAGGACAACGUAGAAGCCGUUAAAAGUACGUUUACAUCGGCUGUCAGCUCGAUCCGAGGCCUGAUGGAACACAUCUUCAAAGCACUGGUUAGGAUCGAUUCAACCGUCGCCGUGCGCCCGUCCAACCCAACCUCUCGUCCAACUACUGAGGGAACUCCGGUUGCAACUACUAUUCUAACAACCAGUCCGACGACUGUGCCAACGACUGUGCCAACGACUGUGCCAACGACUGUGCCAACGACUGUGUCAACGACUGUGCCAACGACUGUGCCAACGACUGUGUCAACUACAGAGGCAGUAACCAUUCGCGUCCCAAGGAUAGAAUAUGAGCUCUUCUUGCCCCAAAACGUUGACUGGAAUAGCGCCAGAGAGGUCUGCCGCUCACGAGGCGGAGAUCUGGCCGCGGCGAGGAAUGAUGAUGAGCACCGCGAAAUAGUCGAGCUGAUGAGGAGCAGUGGGAAUUACGAAACUUGGGUGUGGCUUGGCGGCACAGAUAGCCGUAGCGAGGGCAAAUGGAGGUGGAUUAUAGAUGGCCAAGCCGUCACCCUCUCAAGGUGGGCCACUGGUGAACCGAACAGCUUUCGUGGCUAUAAUGAAGACUGCAUGGACUUGAGCAGCGGUUCAUGGAAUGACUUGCCCUGCGACGCGACUGUGCCUGGUUUUGUGUGCCAGUAUACAAAAUACAUUGGUGUAACUACUUCCCCAACUACUACUCCAACAACCAUUCCGACGACUGUCCCAACGACUGAGCCAACUACGGAGACAGUAACGACCAGGCGUAGGAUUCGUGUCCCACGGAUAUACUACCAAAUCUACGUGAACGCUGAAAAAGACUGGAAUAGCGCAAGAGAGACGUGCGGCUGGAACGGCGGCGACCUUGCCGUGGCGAGGAAUGAUGAUGAGUACCGGAAUAUAAUUGAUUUGGUGAGGACGAAUGGAUACUACGAAACUAGGAUGUGGCUGGGCGGCACAGAUAGCGGCAGCGAGGGCAGGUGGCGGUGGAUUAUAGAUGGCCAACCCGUAACCCUCUCAAGGUGGCACAGCCGCGAACCGAACAAUGAUGGUCCCACGGGAGAGGACUGCAUGGAACUAUCCCGUGGUACGUGGAAUGACAUACCCUGCGACACGUCUUUGUCUACUUUUAUGUGCCAAUCUACAACGUAUACUUACAAAGAUGUUUAAAACUGUGACAUUAGAAUCAAUACAACCGAUAUAGUUACAAAACAUGUAUGAAUCUAGGGUCGGUUAGCUUCAUUUGUGCAAAGCCCCUUCAUAAAAUUAAUACCUACUGUUUUCUUUCCUUUCAUUUCAUCUUCUUUUCCGUUCCUUUCUUCUUCAUACACAUUUUAAACAUUUUCAUCAUAUUGUGAGAGCCGUGGGCCAAUAGCCCCGGUGAGAAGGCAGUCUUGCCUGUUCAUAUGGUGAAGUAAAAUAAAGAAACA